ACGGGCACGGAAAGGGCGGGGCUAAAGACAUGAAGCUGGUGCUCUCAUCAUGGCGGGAUGCAUGAAAGCGCGAAACCGAAUAAUCACGACAGGAGGCCGUUUCAUAGUUUUAACGGUGCUGCUGUUGUGUUUGCCACAAACCUCGUCCGAAGCUACAGGUAGCAAGCCUCCAAUAAUCGAUCUCAGGGACGGAGAGGAGUACACACUAUCGGGAUCCAACCUGUUCUGCUACGCAAACUCCAUCGUACCAAACUGGAGGCAAACCUGGACAAGAAUUCAGGUCCGAAUAUGGAGUUCCAAGGUGUUCAAGGCGGAGGCGGUACAAGGUGAGGAGGAGCUGCUCCAGCUGGAGCGCUUCACAGUGUGGAACUGGUUGCAGAAUUUGUUGCAUGAGGGCCACAAUGAAACCACCAUCAACAUCCACCUGUUCAGCAAGAAGACGUGUUUCAAGGUCGGGCCCAGUGAUGAAACCAAGUACACGGUCAAGUCGCUUCGUAAGUUUGACAUAUAUUUGUUUUUGGUUUUCCUCGUUGGAGUAAUGCUAUUUGUCUUUGCCGACUCCCUCAGCAGGAGUCACGUUUUCUUCUAUUCAGCUGGCAUGGGCACAGGAAUGAUCGCUUCUCUCAUCAUUCUCUUUUUCAUACUGGCUCGUCUUUUGCCAAGGGUAGCGUUGUGCAACCUUCUACUGAAAAGAGCAGUAAGUAUGCACGUCAGUCUAAAAGCACAUAUACCCUUUAUGUUUCCACAGAAAAGCCCUUUUUACAUAUUGAUUGUCGGCGGCUGGUCGUUCUCUGUGUACGCCAUCCAGCUUGUCUGCAGGAACCUGAACGUGAUCCUCCGAGAACAUUGGCACGUGGCUUUAGGUUAUAUGAGCACUGUUGGCUUCGUCAGUUUCGCCGUGUGUUACCGUUAUGGCCCGCUGGUGGAUGACAAGAGCAUCAACAUCCUGUCCUGGACGCUGCAGUUGUUCGGCCUGCUCCUCAUUUAUCUGGGAAUUCAAAUUCAGCACGUUUCCUUUGCGAUCAUCGUGGCAGCCGUGUUUGCCAAGAAUCUGGAGUACCCCAUCAUGACGGCACUAGUUGCAAUAAGGAAAAUCCGCCAGUAUGUUCACUGGAAGCCGGAGAAGCGUCGCCUGCUGACUGAGGAGGAGUAUCGGAAGCAAGGGGAGGAGGAGACGUUGCGUGCUCUGGACGAUUUGCGGAAGUUCUGUAACAGCAGGGAGUGCAGCCCAUGGAAAUCUGUCAGCAGGCUUCAGUCCCCCAAGAGGUUUGCUGAUUUCAUCGAGGGCUCCUCUCACUUGAUGGCUAACGAGGUGUCGGUGCACGCGCAGGAAUAUGGUUGGAAAGAUUUCUUUGACACUGACGACGAAGAGGAAUAUCCAUCCAGCCUGUGCCAAAACCAGAGUGGGCCGGCACAGACUCCAUUCGAAAACUUUGAUGGCUCUCUGGAGCAUGACUAACGCUGGGACUUGGGAGCUGCUACUACGUUGUAGAAGUCCACGAGCGUUGUUCGCUGAAGGUCACAUUUGUGCACAGUGAAGUUGCCGGACGGAGGGUGAUUGGUUGCUGGCCGUGAAUGUAUAAAAGAAACCAAACAGUUUGAAUACACUGUCGUGGGGGCUUUGCUCCAAUUGGCUGCCAUUUAACUCGAUCCAUGGCUGAGCUGACAUCAGACUUGGGGCGAGAGGCGCGCCAACACCCUGGACUUUUUUUUUUUUAAUUGGACAUAUAGUACUGUGCAAAAGUACAAGGCCACAUUACAUUUUUUUUUUCUUUUUUGCAAUGCCACUAAGUAGAGUGCAGACCUCCACAAAGGGUGAACUUUUAAUAAAUGAAAACAAUUCAUAGAGCUGUGCAUUUGCUUUUGGUUGCUCGUGAGCAGGCUACUUCCUGCUUAAUAGGGGGUGGGGUACAGACGGGAGGUGCCAAUAACAUUCUGGGAGUUGGACGUUUUCAAAAAGCAUGUACAGAUGCAGCUCAAUAAGUUAAAAUACUGUUGGAGAGUACUUCAGCAUUGCAAUUCCAAAAGUGAAAGUCCUAAAUUAUACCGAUUCAUUCAACACAAUACUUUUCAGAAGGCCAAUUACAACCUCAUUUCCAUAUUAAAAUCUUUGUUUCUUAUGUAACAUUCAAAUUUCUUAGGAGAUGGUAAAAUCUGUGUUUUAGUUAGCUGUAAACUAAAAUCAUCAAAUCUAGUUUGCUUUGUGUAGUGAUUGAGUUGUAUAUAGUUUUAUAUGCGUGCGUGUGUGUGAAUUUAUCUUCAAAUUUAUGCCAUUCCUCUAAGAUUUGUGUAUACAUUUGUGAGGCCUAUUAUUAUUAGUCAUAUUGGCUACUGUGAAAAAGGCUCACAGAACAAAGCAAGUGGUGGCCUAAAACUUUUGCAGUGUUGUUUGUAGACUUUUUUUUUUUUUUUUUAAAUGAUUGUAAAAAAAUAGUUUGGUCUCUGGAAUGUCUGUUCACCUGUCAAUUGUAUAAUAAACAAACCGGUAAAUCUUU